CUAAGCUAACAGUAGCAAUCCCCACGGCUCUUCAGUUUGUGCGUGCGUCGUUGCCAUGGUGACGCUCCGAGAUAGAGGUAAAAGGGACGGGGUUCAGAGCAGCCGGCCGCCCCUGAGGCAGCUCAGGUCGGCCACAGGCUCCAAGACCACUCCGCGAUGUGCACCAGAGACCCGGAACAGGCGUGCGGUGACCCGGCCACAGGAGCGAGGAGUUUCCGAUGGACUUUCUGCUGAGGAAGAUACACUGUAUGUGUUUCUGCUUGAUUCAGAAACACACAAGGAUGAAGAUCCAAAAGUGUUUCUGCUUGAUUCAGAAACACACAAGGAUGAAGAUCCAAAAGUGUUUCUGCUUGAUCCAGAAACACACAAAGAUGAAGAUCGAAAACCAGCGAGGAGCACCACGAGGAGAUCCUCGAGGCUUCUGAAACCUUCAGGUGGCAGAAGGAGUGAGCCGAGGAGAAGCACCAGGCCGUCCAAACUGACCAGCAGAUACCAGGCAUCCAACAUGUUGGAUGGCCUCAGCAACAACACAUCGAGUGCACUGCUGAAGAGGAUGGGCAACAUGAAGAGGAGACUCGUUAGUAACAACAAAGAAGGAAAGAUCUACUCAAAAGCCCAGAAGAGAAGAACACCAGUACCACCACAGAGAGACCUCAGUGACGGCGAGGAUGGCAACGGUGAGACCAUUGAUGAGGACAGUGGGAACGGAACCGCUGCAGAUGAAGACAGCAACUCCAGCGAGAACCAGAACUUUGAUGCCAAACUGAGCCGAGCUUCAUCGCUGUACCAGGGCCCCAGCGGUGAGUUUCAGAAAGGAACCCUUCGGAUCAGCGCUUCAGGACCAAACACAACCCCCAGAGGGGCCCUCAGGCCCACUCGGUGUGCGCAGUCCAAUCACUCCGAGGCUGACAGCUCUGAUGAUGAGGAUGAAGGAGCCUCUAGCAGGUCAGUAAAAAUGAUCAAUUUACUCAUUAAGGACUGCCGUCCGCUCGGCCUGCAUACGGAGCAGCUUUUUAGUUCUUGCAGAGACAAGAUGGCCAGAGGAGCAGGUCUGGCAGACAUUGAUCCUAUGGCCAUCGAUCAAUCAGUGGGGUUCGACAGCAUCGGAGGUCUGUCGGGUCACAUUUCAGCGCUGAAAGAAAUGGUCGUCUUCCCGCUCCUGUACCCAGAGGUGUUUGACAAUUUCAAGAUCCAGCCUCCCAGAGGUUGUCUGUUUUAUGGCCCUCCUGGCACUGGAAAAACUCUGGUUGCCCGAGCGUUGGCCAACGAGUGUAGCCAUGGCAACAGGAAGGUGUCCUUCUUCAUGAGGAAAGGAGCGGACUGCCUCAGCAAGUGGGUGGGGGAAUCAGAGAGGCAGCUGCGGCUGCUGUUUGAACAGGCUUACCAGAAGCGUCCUUCUAUCAUCUUUUUUGAUGAGAUCGAUGGUUUGGCUCCUGUUCGAUCCAGCAGACAAGAUCAGAUUCACAGUUCCAUUGUAUCGACUCUCCUGGCUCUUAUGGACGGGCUGGACAGCCGAGGGGAAGUAGUUGUGAUCGGAGCGACAAACCGGCUGGACUCCAUCGACCCGGCACUGCGGCGUCCUGGGCGCUUUGACCGAGAGUUCCUUUUCAGCCUUCCUGACAGAGAGUCUCGUAAAGAGAUCCUGAAGAUUCACACCCAGCAGUGGAAACCUCCUCCAUCUGAAGAGUUUCUGGAUGAACUAGCUGAAAAAUGUGUUGGUUACUGUGGUGCUGACAUCAAAGCGGUGUGCACGGAGGCGGCGCUGUGCGCGCUGCGUCGCCGGUACCCGCAGAUCUAUGGAACCUCCCAGAAGCUUCUGCUGGACGUUUCCUCAAUCUCUGUCAGCAGCUGCGACUUUGUGGCAGCCAUCAGGAAGAUGAAGCCGGCGUCGCAGCGCUCCACUGCCUGUCCAGCCAAACCUCUGUCCCCUGUUGUUCAACCCCUGCUGGGCACCGCCCUCCGUCACAUCCUGGAAGUCCUGCAGAGGCUGUUUCCUCACGCUGAGCAGGGAAUGAAGAGGAAGAGGGAGCCAGAUCUGACUUCUGGUGUUCUUGACGAUGGCCUGAUGAGUGGAGAGGAAGAGGGCACCACAACAUGCAGCAUCUCUGCACCCUCUACUUCCCGGACCAAAAACUUCCUGUACUUUGCCAGGAGUGCAGUAAAACAUCCAACGUCUCACCGCCCACGGAUGCUCCUGGCAGGUCGCCCCGAAUCUGGUCAGACCUCCCACCUAGCCCCCGCCAUUCUGCACGCUUUGGAGCGUUUCACAGUUCACAGCCUGGACUCUGCUGUACUGUUUGGAGUCAGCUGCACCUCCCCAGAAGAAGCCUGCGCACAGGUGUUCUGCGAAGCCAAGCGGACAGCUCCCAGCAUCCUCUACAUCCCUCACAUCCAGCAGUGGUGGGAGACGGCGGGACCAGCACUCAGGGCCUCUUUUCUCAGCUUGCUAGAAAGCAUCCCCUCAUUUUCUCCCAUCCUGCUCCUCGCCACCUGUAGCAUCCCUCAUCAGGACCUGGACUCAGAGAUUCAGUUUUUGUUUCGGGAGGAGUACGGGGAGGUGUACACCAUGAGUGUUCCAACCAGGAAGGAGAGAAUAGAUUUCUUCAGUGAUCUCGUUGUGAACCAGGCAGCUGAGCCUCCACCCUCCAACAAUAAAGCAGCUCAAACCAUGGAGAUCCUCCCUGUGGCUCCUCUGCCUCUCCCACGACAGAUGUCUGAGCAGGAGCGCCUCCGUCUGGAGGAGCAGGAGGAGGACGUGUUGAGAGAGCUCCGUCUCUUCCUGCGCAACGUCACGGAGCGCUUGAUGCUGGACCGCCGCUUCAAGGCCUUCACCAAACCAGUUGACAUCGAGGAAAUCCCAGACUACCUCUUGGUGAUCAAGAAGCCCAUGGAUCUCUCCACGCUGCUGAGCAACAUCGAUGAGCAGAAAUAUGUCACAGUCAGUGAGUUUGUGUCAGACGCCGACCUCAUCUGGCAAAACGCUCUUGAAUACAACCCUGACAGCGACCCGCUGGAUCGCCACAUCCGUCAUCGUGCAUGCGCGCUGAAGGAUACGAUCGGAGCCAUCAUCUGCGACGAACUGGACGAAGACUUUGCGAGAGUCUGUGAAGAAAUCCAAGAGUCCCGUGUUCGACGAGCGUUGUCAUACAGGACCGGGAUCAAGCAACGGACUAAUGGCUUCUACAGAUCUCUGUUCUCCAGAAACAGACAUGGGCCACGAGCACUCAAGAAAAAGCGUUACAAAAAGGCCCGAAGAUCCAAGUGGAGCAACGGUGUCAUUAGGAAACCGAAGAAGAAGAAGCCCCCAGUCUCAGCGUCGAAUACCUCCUCCUCCACGUCCAGCAAAGCCAAUUCUGACUCGAGCGCCGAGGAAAUCAGAGGUGUCAGAACCGGAGUGGUGAAUGGUUCAGCAGCUGGCCUGAGCUCAUCCGGCGUGUCAGACAGCAGCGACGAGGAGCAGAGUCAGCGCAGCUUAAACCAGAGCGUCCUCGUGAACGGCUUCAACCACAGCAAGCUGCUCCCCAAACACAGGCUGAACCUGAGGCCUCGAACCCGCUCCUCGGAGACUGCCCCAGCUCCACGGAGGAUGUUAAAGAGGGCUUAUUUAAACAAAUUAGAGACUCGCAGAAAGGAUGACGGAGGGAACAAGGCUGCCCUGGAGCAAACACGGGUGCUCAGCGGCGAGAAAUCUGCUCGGGUCCCUGAAGAUAAAACACCUCCGCUGGUAGCUGAUCACAACAAACUAAAGGAAUUGCUGAACAGAACUGUGUCUAAAACCGAAGGUGCUGAGGUGGAGCCACUGGAGAAGCUUUACGCUCUCCUGGCUCAGUGCAUCUACAGACACAGAAACAACUACAACAAGACAGAACUCAUCAAGGAAAUGAAGUCGGCGAUCGACAGCUUCUCCUGAGCACCCUCACUAAAACC